AUACCAAUUCACCGUAAUCGCGGCGGAUUCCGGAGAGGAGCCAAAAUCGGCGAGCGCGACAGUAAUUCUCACGGUGACCGACGUGAACGACAACGAUCCUUAUUUCGAGCCAAAGAACUACGAGGCUGUAGUGUCCGAGGAUGAUCCGCCGGGCACCCCGGUCGCCUCGGUGACCGCCACCGAUCCGGACGAGGACGCCAGAAUCCAUUACGAGAUCACGGGCGGCAACACGCGUGGACGUUUCUCCAUCGCGUCGCAGAACGGUCGCGGCCUCAUCACCGUCGCCCAACCGCUCGACUACAAGCAGGAGAAGCGGUUUGUGCUGACGGUGACGGCGUCGGACAGCGGCGGUCGCACCGACGCCGCCCUGGUCUACGUCAACGUGUCGGACGCCAACAACUUCUCGCCGGUGUUCGAGAACGCGCCGUACUCGGUCUCGGUGUUCGAGGACGCGCCGAUCGGCGUGACCGUCCUGGUGGUGAGCGCCACCGAUUCCGACGUCGGCAAGAACGCCCAGAUCACGUACAGCCUGGCGACCGACAACGGCGAGCAGACGGUCACCGAGUUCACCAUCAAUCCGCAAACCGGCGCGAUCACGACGACGAGGGCGCUCGAUCGCGAACUGGUGCCCUCGUACCUGUUGACGGUGACCGCGCGGGACGGCGGGGUACCGCCGAUGUCGGACACCACCGACGUGGAGAUCUCCGUCACGGAUGUGAAUGACAACGCGCCGGUCUUCGAAGCGCCGCAAUAUCAGGGCUCGAUUCUCGAGGACGUUCUGGUGGGCACCAGCGUGCUGAGAGUCGCGGCGACCGAUGCGGAUACCGAUCUCAACGGUCGAGUGAGGUACACUUUGGAGGACGACGGCGACGGCGCGUUCGCGAUUGACUCUACGACAGGCAUUAUCAGGACCGCGAAACCGUUGGAUCGAGAAUCGGUGGCACUUUACAUCCUGAAGGCCGUCGCCAUAGACCGCGGCUCGCCCGCGCUCUCGUCCGUCGUUCCUGUCACCGUGAAGAUCGAGGACAUCAACGAUUCGCCGCCCGCCUUCGAGAACGACAAGAUCAUCCUCUACAUCGCCGAGAACUCGCCGAUCGGCUCGACCGUCGGCGAGAUCUACGCCCACGAUCCGGACGAGGGCCCGAACGCGGUGGUGCAGUACAGCAUCAUCGGCGGCGAGGACGCCAAUAGCUUCAGCCUGAACAUCCGCCAGGGCGCCGAUCGGGCCGAGCUGAUCACCCUGGAGGAGCUCGACUACGAGUCGCCGAAGAAGAGGUUCGAACUCGUGGUGCGAGCCGCGUCGCCGCCGCUGCGCUCGGACGCGGUGGUGCAGAUCCUGGUGACCGACGUGAACGACAACGCGCCGGUGCUCAAGGACUUUCAGAUCAUCUUCAAUAACUUCAAGGACUUCUUCCCGACCGCGUCGAUCGGCCGGAUACCGGCGGUGGACGCCGACGUGACGGACAACCUUGUCUACAGCAUCCUCGCCGGCAACAACGCGAAUCUGAUCGACCUCAACAGGACCACCGGCGAGAUUCGGCUGUCGCCGCAGCUCAACACCAACGUGCCGCGAGUGGCGACCAUGGAGGUCGCCGUGACGGACGGUAUCAACGAGGCGAAGGCCACGAUGACGCUGUCGGUGCGUCUGAUCACCGACGAGAUGCUGCUGAACUCGAUCACCGUGAGGCUGGACGACAUGACGGUGGAGGCGUUCCUCAGCCCUCUUCUGGGCUACUUCCUGGACGGUCUGGCGGCUAUCAUCCCGUGCCCGCGCGAGAACAUCUUUCUCUUCAGCGUCCAGGAGGACGCGAACGUGCACGGCAAGAUCUUGAACGUCAGCUUCUCGGCGCGCAAGGUCGAGCCGGGCACGGUCGACGAGUUUUACAGCCCGCAGUUUCUUCAGGAGCGGGUGUACCUCAACCGCGGGAUCCUGGCGAGAUUGGCGACCGUCACCGUUCUGCCGUUCGACGACAAUCUCUGCGUCCGCGAGCCCUGCCUGAACUUCGAGGAGUGCCUGACGGUGCUCAAGUUCGGCAACGCCUCCGGCUUCGCCAGCAGCGACACCGUCCUCUUUCGGCCCAUCUAUCCGGUGACCACGUUCGCGUGCAGAUGCGCCCGUGGCUUCACCGGCAGCCGGGAGGCCUACAUGUGCGACACCGAGGUGAAUCUGUGCUACUCGAAUCCCUGCGUGAACGACGGCAUCUGCCACAGGCGGGAGGGCGGGUACUCGUGCACCUGUCGGCCGGGCUUCACCGGCGUGAACUGCGAGAUCUCGAUGAACCACGACGCCUGCUCGCCGCACCCCGGCGUCUGCAAGAGCGGCUCCCGGUGCACCGCGAGGAACACUGCCGGCGGCUUCACCUGCGAGGGCUGCCCCAUAUCCGCCCCGGGCAGCGUGACGCCUCUGUGCGAGCUGAAGGCGCGCAGCUUCGGCCCGGCGACGUUCCUCACCUUCGCCUCGCUCAAGCAACGCCACCGUCUUCAUCUCAGACUGAAAUUCGCCACCGAGCUGGCGGACGGUCUGCUGCUCUACAACGGCAGGUACAACGAGCGUCACGACUUCGUCGCUCUGGAGAUCGUGGACUCGCGCGUCCAGUUCAGCUUCUCCCUCGGCGACGAGGUGACGAGGGCGACGGCGAGCGUUCCCGGCGGUGUCUCGGACGGCCGUUGGCACGAGGUGGCGGUCUCGUACAUCAACCGGACGGCGACGGUGUCCCUGGACGAUUGCGACGUCGCGCUCGCGCUGAAGCACGGGGAGAGACUCGGCCCGAGAUGGGCCUGCGCCGGUAGGAACGAGAGGGUCCUCGAGGAGCGCUGCGGACUCGUCACCGAGACCUGCCACAGAUUUCUGGAUUUAACCGGGCCGUUGCAGUUGGGCGGCCUACCGGCGAUCCCGUCGAGCUUCCAGAUCCGGAACAAGGACUACGUCGGCUGCAUCAGCGAUCUCCACAUCGAUCACGUUUUCGUGGACCUGAAUUCAUUCGUGGCCGACAAUGGAACGAACGUCGGUUGCCCGGAGAAGGCCGCCUUCUGCGCCUCGUCGCCGUGUAGAAACAACGGCAAGUGCCGCGAGAUCUGGUCGGGCUUCGUGUGCGAGUGCGAGGACAACUUCACCGGGUCUACCUGCGCCGAGGAGAUCGGCGCGCCGUACGGCUUUCGCGGCGACGGCACGCUCGGCUUCAAUCCGCUGCUGCGACCCAUUCAAUUACCGUGGACCACGGCCCUGAGUCUCCGAACCCGCGCGCAACAGGCAUUCGUCAUGAGCGUGCAGAUCGGUCAGAACAGCUCGGUCCUGCUGGAAAUCCGGAACGGCAAGCUGGUCGUCUCGCUGGACAGCGCCGACGUGAUCCGUACCGGCGGCACGGUCGCCGACGGCGAGUGGCACCGCGUGGAGAUCGUCUGGCAGAGCGGCCACGUGUCCCUGGACACGGACUAUCGCGAACGACCCGCGACCGUGCCGCUGCCGGCCAAGCUGCAAGGCCUGUACGUCGGCAGAAUCCUCGUGGGCGGUCCCGAUCAAGCGGCCAACGUCGACCUGCCGUUCUUCGACGGCUGCCUGCAGGACGUGCGAAUCGGCACCAAUCAGACGGUCCUUCAGCGCCCGACCGUUCAGGAGAACGUCGACGCCGGCUGCCCGUCCGAGGCCUACUGCGGCCUGGAGUGCCCGCAGGCGUCGGUCUGCGUCGCGCAGUGGCGGUCGAGCGAGUGCGUGUGCGCGGCCGGCCGCGUCGGCCGCGACUGCGAGCGCGUCUGCGACCUCGAGCCCUGCAACGACGCCGGCACCUGCGUCGAGGACGCGCGCGACGCGCGCCGCGGUUAUCGCUGCGAGUGCGACUCCACCGACGUGUCCGGCGACUACUGCGAGACGAGGAGCGACCAGCCCUGCCCGGCGACUUGGUGGGGAUCCCCGAUCUGCGGGCCGUGCCACUGCGACGAGGCCAAAGGGUACGAUCCCGCUUGCAACAAGACCACCGGCGAGUGCCGCUGCAAGGAGAAUCACUACCAGCCAAACGGGCGAAAGGAGUGCACACCGUGCGAAUGCUAUACAAUCGGCAGCUUCGGGCCGCGUUGCGACAGCGAGACCGGCCAGUGCCGCUGUCGGACCGGGGUUAUCGGGCGCUCGUGCACCGACUGCCCAAAUCCGUAUGCCGAGGUGACUCUGAGAGGCUGUGAGGUGAUCUACGACGGCUGUCCCAGAUCGUACUCGGACGGUCUGUGGUGGCCGCGUACUCUUUUCGGGAUGACAGCCAUCGAGGAUUGUCCCGGGACCGCCGAAGGCAAGACCUCCAGAUCCUGCGACGACAAAUUAGGCGGCUGGCAACCGCCCGAUCUCUUCAACUGCACUUCGGAGGCCUUCGUCGAGCAACGGCACCAGUUGGCGGCUCUGGAGACCAAGGAUCUCACGCUGAACACCUACGUAGCUGUGAAGAUGGCGAGGGACGUUCACCGAGCGGUGAAUAUUACGAGAGAGAUGUACGGGGCGGAUCUCUUGGUGGCGGAAUCCCUGCUGGUGGCGUUGCUACGUUACGAGGAGAGCCUGGUGGGACUGAAUCUGACUCACAGCCAGGACAAGGAUUACGUCUCCCAUCUGGUCGGCAUAGCCGGAGCAAUUCUGCAGUCCAAAUAUAAGGAAGAAUGGGAAAGGAUAGGAGAACUUGUCGGGGAUAGCCCCGACAAGAUUCUAGACGCUAUGGCGAGAUACUUGAAGACUUUAACGGCGUCUCAACAUGAUACUUUUACCAAUCCCUUUGAAGUGGUCAAUAAUAACGUUGUGUUGGGUCUCGACAUCGUAACGUCAGAGAGCCUCUUCGGCUACGAGACUGUCGAAUAUAAGGAAGAUGCCACUUUAUCGACAACGAGGCCCGUGGAAGCCGACCGGAAGGUCAUCCUGCCCGAUACCUCCGCUUUCCUGAGCUCUUCGACACAUUUUGGUCCGUCUGUCAGCUUCCCAAAGUAUAACAACUACAUGGCCGAUCCCGGCAGAUUCGAUCCGCACUCAAAGAUUCAGGUGCCGCUCAACACGUUAGGCAUCAAACCUCUCAUGCAGGGUGAAUUGAAUGUCAAGAACAGUCUGAACAAUCAAAAGGCCGUGCUUAGUUACGUGCAGUACAAAGAACUCGGCGCUCUUUUGCCACAAAGAUUCGACGACUCGGUAGCAGUCAGAUGGGGAGUAGAGGUGGCAGUUGGAUCACCCGUAAUGACCGUCUCGGUGUUAGUUCCCUCGGAUGACGGCUACGAGUCCUUGACAGGAAUCCCAUUGCAAUCGCCGAUUCAAGUCAGACUUUGGCUCAAUGAAAACGAUGAUUUCAAGACCAGAACAAAUCCGCAAUGCGUUCACUGGAGCACGGCGAGAGGUGUCGGUGAGUGGAGUCGAAUGGGCUGCACCACGGAAAUCGAGGACAAUUCUCUGUCCUUCGGCACUAUCGUGAACUGCUCUUGCAUGAAACUGUCCACCUUUGCCAUACUGACGGACGUCCUCGACCUCGAAUACGUUCCCGAGCCAUCCUUGCUGGAAGAUGUGACCAGCUAUAGCGCGUUUAUGCUCGCCUUGCCGCUGCUGUUGUCCGCUCUCCUGAUUCUGGCGUUGAUCCGCGGCGGUGGUACCAAUUCCAACAGUAUCCACAAGAAUCUGGUGUUGUGCGUUCUCGUGGCGGAAAUCUUGUACCUGAUCGCGCUCAAGGCCAGAAAUCCUCUCAUCUCCAACGAAUUCCCGUGCAAGCUCACGGCGAUAGGGCUGCAUUACGCCUGGUUGAGCACCUUCGCCUGGACCCUCGUAGACUCCGUUCAUCUUUAUCGGAUGCUGACGGAGAUGAGAGACGUGAACCACGGCCAGAUGAGGUUUUACUACACUAUGGGAUACGGUCUGCCGGCCGUCAUCGUUGGACUUACUAUCGGCGUCAGAGCCGAUCAGUACGGAAAUUUCUAUUUCUGCUGGCUGUCCAUCUACGAGACUGUGAUCUGGUCGCUUAUAGGACCCGUUUGCGCGGCCGUGCUGGUGAACUUCUGCAUUCUCGUAAUGUGCAUCCGCGCGGCGUUUACUCUGAAAGAGCACAUUAUGGGCUUCGGAAAUUUACGAACGCUCCUAUGGCUCUCCGUAGCCUCGUUACCUUUGCUGGGCUCAACGUGGACCCUGGCGGUUCUCAAUGCGUCGGAGAACUCGUCGAUGCUGUCGUAUUUGCUGAGCGUCGCUAUCGUGGUUCACGCGGCAUUCAGCUUGAUCGGCUACUGCUUCGUCAAUGGCAGAGUCAGGAGGAAUUUGUAUCAAAGUCUGUUAAGGUGUAUCGGCAAGAAAACGCCUUUGCUGGAAGGGAGCAUCGGCAACGGAAGUAGCAGUCAAAACGUAAACGGCCAUUCGCGUUCGGCACUGGCUUACUCCUCGACUUACAGCGGAGCGGAAGCCGCGUGCAAGCGAGUUCACGUUGGCGUCUCCACAAGCAGUACAACCUCAAGAAGUACAAAUAAAACAGGCUCAAGCCCUUAUCGUAGCGAUACACACCUGAGACACACGUCAACGUCCACGAGUAAUUACAAUAGCGAUCGAGAUCCGUACCUGUCGUCGAGGAGUCAUCGAUCGGCAUUACAUCCUCGACAAGUGAUGGACGUGCGGGGUAGCCAGUGGUCCGGCGGCACUAUGUCAGACAACGAGAUGGCCUCGAACAAGACAUCGAGUCCGAAUCCGCUGCCGUAUCCGGACAUGAGCUCGCCGCCGAAGAGCCAGCCGGACGAGAACUACUCGGAGGGCGAGGAGAAGCUGCAUCAUCUGGGCGAGAAGUACCUGUUCCCCUAUACCGCCGAGGAGGACCACACGGUGUCGCCCACCCCGUACAUGCUGUCCAUGUCGUCGCGCAUCCUCGCCUCCAGCAUGAGCCAUCACUCGCAAAGCUCGAACCACGAGAACCUGAGCGGCUCCGAGCAACGUUACGGCAGCCUGAAGCGCGGCCAGAGUCUGCACGGUUCCCAGAACGACAAUCUCAGCGGUUCCGAGAGGUACGGCAGUCUGAAACGCGGUAAGAUGGGCACCCCCACCGUUCUGGAGGACAGGCCCGAGUACAUCCUGCCGAUGAGCGGCAGGAUACUGUCGAGCUCGUUGACCCACGACCUGCAGCACAGCAACGAGCUGGCGGCGCUCAGGCACCAGCAACAGCAGCAACAGCAGCAGCAGCAAUACGAGCAGACCAUCACCGAGACCGAGAAGGAUACUAAUGCGGAAACGUCCGUCUGACGAGGCAGAAGUCCGGUGCCACGAACGAGAACAACGUACAAAGUAAUUUAGCUUACGCCUAAGCUUAAGUGUCCAACGCGCAAUAAAGACUUGAACGAUCGUCGAUAUAUAUAUACAUAUAUUUUAAGAAGCGGCCAUGACUGUACUUACUUAGCCAUAUUAAUUAGCAUAUAUGUGUGAGUGCCUGUUUACAUAUUGCAUACGGAAGGUCUGUCAGAGUGAUCUCGAAAGAUAAUCCUCACAUCAAAAUAUAUUCCAAUGAUUUUAUACAAUUAUAUAAUAUAUAUAUGUAUACAUUA